AUGACCAAGAACCCCUCGCUAACAGCCUCAGUCACCCCCGGCAUCACAGCGCAAGAGUACUAUGACCGCCGCGCCAACCUUGCCCAUCGUCUCCCCGAGGGUGCCCUCGCCAUCCUCCCCGCCGCCGAGCUCAAGUACCGGUCAGGCGCAGUCUUUCACCCCUAUCGUCAAGAGUCCAACUUCCUCUACCUCACCGGCUGGGCCGAGGGCGACUCACUCGCCGUCAUCCGCAACACCGGCCCCCAGUGGGGCGACUUUACAUUCCAUCUCUUCUGCCAGCCCAAGGAUGCUACGGCCGAGCAGUGGUCCGGCCCGCGCAACGGCAUCCAGGCGGCCGCCGACAUAUUCAACGCCGACGACGCCGGCGAUAUCAACAGGAUCGACAAGCUCCUGCCCGAGAUUGUCAAGUCCGCCACGCGCGUUUACACCGACCUCGAGAGGCCGCGUGAAGGCCACGCUGAGAGCAAGCUCUGGUCCCUCGUCAAGGGCGACAGUCGUGUGGCCGUCAACCCGCUCGCCCUAUGUCAACAACAUCGCCCUGAAUGCAACAUGUAA